UUUUGCGUCCAUUCAUACUUGAGUCUGUCAUCGUAUUGUCUGCCAAGUUCAUUGUUGUUGUUACGUUGCAGAAGAGCUUUAGUUGUCUCCGCCAUAGCCAGCCACCCAUUUUCAAUACUUUGCUAGAAUCUUGUGGUAUCUCUCGUAUUCGUCGAGGUGCGUCAGCGCGGCCGGGCCAAGGGUCGCAGAGGGUUUGCUUACAGGUAUAGAGCGGUUUCAAGACUUGGAGCGUGUAUUGAAGUAGGCUCUCGUGUGUAUCUCGUUGGGCUGUGGAAGCUCUCGUUGUUGUUGUGGAGCGUUAAUUGUCUCUUUUCCUCGCUUGGAAGUAGUUCUAUCCUCUGGAAGGAAGCGACCAAUUUUUGAUCGAUAGAUUUGGGAUGUUCUAAUUUCGACAUUUGGAUUAGGGCUUAUAAAUACAGAAGUAAGUCAUUGGAACUUAUUUCGUCCUCGUCCAGUGCAAGUAACAGGAAAGGAGAGCAGGAAAAAGGGCGUGGCAGGAUCUUUGUGAUUUUCUGGUAGUGAGUUGCUACAGAACUUACAUGUUUGGAGCAUAGUUUGUCUUUGCUGAGCACUAGGGUUUGGUUUUUCUUUUUAUGAGAAGCUCUCGCUCGACCCACAUCGGAUAUAGCUUGUAGAUAUUUUCUUGCCUUAAACGAUGUUGGCAUCACCCGGACACUCUCCACGCCAUAUUGAACCCCCUUCGCCAUCCCCGAGCACAGAUAGCAGAGCAGGCUAUGACGCUCUAGCGUUAGCCUCCACUUCUGACCGUAAAUUGGGGUUUACGUCUGCUGCAAGGAAACGGAAAAACUCGCAAAUUCCACUGGACGAAGAUACCUAUGUUGCUGCGAUUGAGCAAAUCAUUGAGCGAGACUUUUUUCCUGAUAUACCCAAGCUUCGCAAUCGAUUGGAGUGGUUGGAGGCUGUUCGAAGCGGUGAUCCUGUGAUCAUUCGUGAUGCUCAAAUGAACAUCAUCCGCAGGAGGAGGGAGAAAGCAAGGGAAGAUGGGGAGAGAGACGGAACUCCUUCUACUAACAUACCGGAUACCCCAGCCUCGAUGAUAUCCGGCCUAGCAAGUCCUGCAGUUUCAUUGCGCUCAGCAGCCUCGCCUUCUGUGUCAGGCCUAUUCCCGCCUACAGGUAGCGCGCGUGACGUCGAUAAUGGACCUUCCGUAGAUGUAAAUAUGAAGCUUGAUGACUUCUUGAGAAAGUAUACCAGCGAAGACAACGCUAGUUUUUCCAAGAUAUUAGAAAAGGUGAAUAAGCAGCGGAAGCAGAAGUAUGAGUUUCUGAAUGAGAAAGGACUUGUGGAUCCGAAUUUGCGAAUCGAGAAUGCAAAUGACCGUGUCACUGAUGGAUUUGGAACUUCUAAUCAGCCCUUUGCGACUCUGGAUACUUGGAAGUACAGGGCUAAGAAUCUGCUCAUGUACGAUUCUGCUGAAAGGGAAGAUGUUCCUUUAACGCAAGCGGAAAAGGAGGAGCUUGUAGAAGGCCCUCCGAAGUCUAUCGAAAUGAAGAACACUCGUUUUCACGGUAAGAUGUUCGACUCAAAAGUACGAGAAGAAGAUACUGUGGCGAUAUUGUACACUCCAGUUGCAGGUGGAACUCCCCAAGCGUGGCCGUUUGCUCAACGGGAUGCAGAGAGAGCUCGCAAAAGAUAUGACCUUGAAGAUCUGAGAAAAACUCCACAAGCGCUUGACAGCCAGUCAAAAGGAGUUGGACAUCCUGGUGCUGGAUACAGUUAUGUGGCAACUCCCUCGCCCGCUCCAGGAGUGGAUGAAUCCCCUUUCAUGACAUGGGGAGAGAUUGAAGGAACGCCUUUAAGGUUAGAAAUAGAAGAUACUCCAGUAGGCAUUGGUGGGAAUGGAGAUGGACCCCAUUUUAAAAUCCCUGCUCCACCAACUAGAGAUGCAAGGGCGCAUGCUCUCUCUAGAGAUGCAGCUCGGAGCCUGAGGGAAAAGGCCAAGUUUCGUUCGUCCAGAUUUUCUCCAUCGCCUGGAAGAGGUCCCGGGCAGGCAAGCCCGGCACCGGGAUUUUCUGCUGCAGCACAGAAAUUUAUGAACAAGGCUAUGGCGAAAUCGUCAUCAUCUGUCGAUGCAAGGUUGAGAGCUAGCUAUGGGGGUAGUACUACCCCAGGUACUCCACGACUGGCUCAGAAUGCUGUACGCUCGAGGUCAGCAAGCGUCUUCAGCCGUGAUGGUAGUCUUCCUCUGCGAUCACCCUCUGUGCAGCCCUCUUAGCUGUGAACUGAUGAUUCUAAGUCUUCAUCUCAAAGGGGUUGAGCAGGGUUCGUUCAUUUUGAAUUAUCAAAUGAAACAAAGCCCGUUGUAACUUGUAUCAAUAAUUCCGGUCACCAGUGUUUAGUUAGACUGUUAUAGACUAUCUGACUUUUAUUGUGUAUUGAGCAAUUUUAUGGUAUUACAUUUCAGCCUUGACCUCGUCACCAAGGUACUGCUGUGUCGUAUGGUUUUAUUCAAACAAUUUGUAGUUCAAAGAGGUUGAGACUGAGCCAUACACUCUAAUUGAUCAGAAAACAUUCAGGA